CGUGCACGGUGCCGGCGCGUGCACGCAGGAAGGGGGUUGCGUGUGCGCGCAGGCGGAGGAUCGAGCCGAGCCGAGCCGAGCCGUGCAGGGGAAUAACAGCCGCAGACGCGACUAAAGUGCGAGGAGAGCAGAGAGGGAGCCGCAACCCACGCGUCCACGAGGCCAGAGAUCCAAAAUGGGAGGCAAGCUCAGCAAAAAGAAGAAGGGAUACAACGUAAACGACGACAAGGCUAAAGACAAGGAUGCCAAAGCGGAGGGCGCCUCUGCCGAGGAGAGCGAAACGCCAAAAGACAAGAAAGAUGAGGCCCCAGAAGCCACCGACGCAAAGGAAGUAGCCAACGAUACGGCGGCCAAGGAGGCGCCGGCGGCGGCAGAUGCCGCAGCGCCGAAGGAAGAGGAAAAGAACGCGGCUCCUGCCGCGAAGGAAUCCGAAAAACCCGCCGCCAAUGCCGAGCCGAAGACGGAGGCGCCCAAGAGCGCCGAGCCCGCCAAGGCCGAGGAGAAACCAGCCGCUCCCGCCCCGGCCAAAGAGUCCGCCCCCGCUGCCAAGGAGCCCGAGGCGAAGCCCGCGGCGCCCGCCCCGGCGGCCGAGAACAAAGGUGAGGCCGACGCCAAAAAGACUGAGGCCCCCGCGGCUCCAGCAGCCAAAGCCGAGGCGGCUCCGGCCGCCUCCCCCGACCCCAAGCCCGCCGAGGCUCCGGCGGCGGCGGCGGCAGCAGCGGCUCCCGCGCCGGCAAAGGAGGCCGCCAACGCCGCACCUAGUUCGACACCAGCCGCCGAACCUCCCGCCAAGGAGGCCAACGCCACGGAGGCGCCAAGCAAGGAUCAAACCGUAGCAGUUCAAGAUUAAUGGACAGCUUUUCGGGAAAUGAAGAAAUUAAAUUACCUAACUCAACGAGGAUGAAGAUUAAAAAAAAAAAAAGAAAAAAGAAAAAAAAAAAAGAAAAUGAAAUUUACUAGCCCCGCCCAUAUUACAGUAACAAUAAUAAUAAUAAUUGAUGACGAAGAUUUGUUGAACGAGGACUGGAGCACCACCUGGAGACGUCUCCCACUGCAGAUGAUUAUUGCUAUUAUUAUUGUUAUGUUUUAUUCUAUUUUUUUCUGCUGUAGUAUUUGAACUUUGAUACGAGUCUGUGUCCGCCAUACGCCUCGCCAUCCCACCCUCAUCGCCCCCGUCACUCACGCAGUCCACAGGUUCAACUUGACUCCUAUUUGACCCCACAGUAGGCCUGUAUUUAUACACUCGCCUCCAUACCCCCCCCCCAGCUCUGUGGAUGUCUAAAGUAUGGAAAAUGGUUGCACUCUUCCCCCUCCUCCUCCUUUCGUUCGGAGUACCGUGUUUCUUAGUUUUGCUCUGGUACCUCCCGGUUUUUCUGGUGCAGUGGAUCGUAGUUGUAUUUUUCUCUCUUAUUUUUAGCUCUUACUCCCUCCAGAUUCUCGCUAGUGUUUGGGUUGUGCUCUCACACACUUUUCCUCCCUCGACACUUCCUUUUUCCGAGCAGCGAAAAAACAGAAGGAACUUGCACGGGAAGUUUAGACUGAGGAGUGAAGAGUGUUGAGGCUUUCUAGGACAUCUCAAGGUUGGAAAAAAAAAAGUCUGCUUUUGUAGAGCAAAACAUAAUCUU